AUUUAAUUCGAGAUAGCAAAUUUUUCAGAAUUUCUGAAGCACAGCUGAAAGCAGUCCCACUUUUAAAGAAAUUUUCAAUUCACUUAGAAAUUAAAAAAAAAUAAAAAACGAUGGCUGGUUACGUAGCACGACGUGGUCCCAUGGUUUUUUCCAGCAUGGGAAAAUGGGCUUACAACUUGUCUGGAUUCAAUCAAUAUGGUCUACACCGCGAUGAUUGUUUGUAUGAAAAUGAAGAUGUCAAGGAAGCCGUCCGUCGUCUGCCCCGCAAAUUAUACGAUGAGCGCAACUAUCGCAUUAUGCGUGCCUUGCAUUUGUCCAUGACCAAAACCAUUUUGCCCAAGGAACAAUGGACAAAGUACGAGGAGGACGUCAAAUAUUUGGAACCCUAUUUGAACGAAGUCAUCAAAGAGCGUGAGGAACGCGAAGAAUGGAACAAGAAUCAUUAGAGUUUUCUUUAUAUAAGGGAACUGAAUAAUUAUUUUUUAAUUUCUAACUAAAAACUCCGAAGUUAAGUUGUGCGCAAAAACAAGUGAUGAUAAUAAAAAAAAUCUAGUUCAAUGAUACAAGUUUCAUGAAUAUAUGAAGUGAAAUAUGGAGUAA